AUGUUUGAAGAAACCCCUAACUUCAUCUCGAAUCAAUCAAAACCCAGCGGAUCCUCCUACACUUCCCAUACAGGGCCACUCAAUCUGCUGCACUGCUGUCUUAUCUCUCCUGCGAAUCAUGAUUCAUCAUCAAAUGCUAACCUAGCCAGUUCAGCUUCCUUGCUGCAAGACACUAGCUGCUUUGAUUCCAUUGCUUGCCCAGAAGCGCCCACAGCCCUGCCUGGCGACUCCUUAAACUCUCUUCAUUCGAGAUUUCUUGCUCCUGAAAACUUUAUUGAGAGAAAAGGAAACGUAGAUUUACCGAAAUCACCUAUCUUUUUUCCGUGUUCUCCUGGAAAAGCAUCAAAAGUUGAAUCGGCACUAGAUGCGGUUGGGCUGGGUACUCUAGAGGAAGAGGAAAUUGUCUGCCUUAUGGCGGGACCCUCCUCUCCAUCUAUUUCCCUCUCCUCCAGAUCGUUGGCGACAUCUGUCCCAAAAUCGAAUAUUAUUGGGCCUGACGAAGUGCUGUCUGUUGAUCAGGAAUUCGAUACAACUGCAUUAUCACACUUUCCAGAGCUCCCUACACGAGCAAAACGCAAGAAGUCAAAUUUUCAUGGUAAAAUUCUUUAA